GAAGGGCACUGUAUAGCCUAUGUGAGAUUUUUUUUUUUUCUAUUAAUAUAUUUUUUUUUCUAUUGAAAUAGAGGUCAAAAGCUAAUCGUGUUAAUACAGUCAUUCUUUUUAAUUAUGUUAAAAAGGUUUUGUUUCUCUCUGUGGUUCAUUUACUAUAAGGAGAGGUUAUUUUCACUGCUCUAACAUUUUAAACUUUCUCAUACACAACCCCCCUCAGUUAGAAGUGCUAGAGCUACGCAUAGUGAUGACGACAUCUAAAGUGCGACGUGCACAGUGGGGAGAACGCGUGGUUGAGCACAGAUCACUUCUCUCUCCAAAAUGGUGAAAUCUGGUAAACUUCGGUCCGGAACGGCCUGUAAAUUAAAGCGAUGGAAGAAAGGACACAGCAGCGAUUCAAACCCACAGACGAGUCAACAUCGACAAGCUGCCAAAAGCCGAUUUUUCAGUAGACCGAAAGAAAAAAGUGAUCUUACGGUUGAUGCUCUGAAACUGCAUAAUGAGCUUCAGGCAGGUUCUCUGGAAAGAAAGCAAGAGGAUGGAGGCUUGGAGGAUGUCAUGGAGGAGACGACAGCCCUCACUGAGAGGACAUCAGGCACAUUUCUGAGUGGACUGUCUGAUUGCUCAAAUCUGACUUUUAGAAAAGUUCAGCGAUACUGGGAGUCCAACUCUGCUGCACACAAAGAGAUCUGUGCUGUACUGGCAGCUGUUACAGAAGUGAUUCGCUCUCAAGGUGGAAAGGAGACGGAGACAGAAUACUUUGCUGCUUUGAUGAUGACCCUAGAGGCGGUUGAGAGCACUGAAUCCCUGGCUGCUGUUGCCUACCUACUCAACCUGGUAAUGAAAAGGGUGCCUACUCCAGUGUUGAUAAAGAAGUUCUCAGACACAGCAAAGGCCUUCAUGGAUGUCAUGUCAAAACAAGCCACUACUGAGUCUGUCUCCUGUGUUCGAUGGAUCUUGUCCUGCCUGGCCACUUUGCUGAGGAAGCAGGAUCUCUCUGUGUGGAGUUAUCCAUCCACCCUGCAGGUGUAUCAUGGUCUACUCAGCUUCACUGUGCACUCCAAACCAAAGGUGCGUAAAGCAGCUCAGCAGGGUGUGUGCGCCAUACUGCGUGGCAGUGACUGCAUGUUUGGAGAUAAUGUGCCCAGCCAUCACCCCGCUGCCGUUACCACAUCCAAGUACUGCAUUAAAGAGAUGGAGCAUGCAGGAGGUAGCAAGGAAGAUACGACCACGCUGCAUGUGCUGGGGCUUCUGAAGGAGCUGAUUACGACGUUUCCUCUCAGCUCAGUGAAGUCUUGCUGUGAGACUCUUCUUCGUUUGAUGACCCUGAGUCAUGUGCUAGUGACGGCGUGUGCGAUGCAGGCUUUCCACAAACUCUUCAGUGGAAAACCAAACCCCUCCUCCAUGUCUGCAGAGCUCAAUGCCCAGAUCAUCACGGCUUUGUAUGACUAUAUCCCUAGUGACAACGACUUGCAGCCCCUGUUAGCCUGGCUUGCUGUCAUGGAGAAAGCCCACGUCCAUUUAUCCAGGUUACAGAGCUCUUUGAGUCUGGGUCACCUUCCUCGUCUCUUUUCCGUUUCCAUGUCCUGUCUUCUUUCCCCACACACACGAGUCGUCUCAGCUGCCACACAGACUCUGAAGACCCUGAUCAGUGAGUGUGUGGCACCUCAUAUGGCAGAGAUUGGGCCUGUUCUACCCAGCGUAUCUGCUGGUAAUGGGCUUUACGUCUGUAAAAUGUUUAGUGUUGUGGAGGAAGGUUUGUCCUAUCGCUUCCAUGCAUCAUGGCCUUUUGUGCUGCAGAUCCUUGGCUGCUUCUACAGAGCUGCAGGGAAACAUGCUCAUCCUGUUAUGAUGAAGAGUCUGCAGUCUCUGUGUGACUUGCGUGCGACGCCGCAGUUUCCGUUCUGUGGCGAGUUGGAUUUGGCAGUAGGGGGCGCAGUGGAGAGCAUGGGCCCACAAGUGGUCCUUAGUGCUAUCCCACUCCUCAUCACUGGGACUGAUGAUGACCUGGAGUUCCCACGCAGCUGGCUUAUCCCGGUCAUCAGAGACAAUGUAAAGAACACCCAGCUGGCAUACUUCGCCUCUUACUUCCUUCCCCUGUCAUCCAUGCUACAACAAAGAGCGGAUCAAUUGGAGAAGGCAGGACAGAAGCUGUUGGCAAAAGUACAUCAGACAUUACAGUUGCAGAUCUGGACAAUGCUUCCCGGGUUCUGCACAAAGCCCACUGACGUGGUCAGCUCGUUUAAGGGCAUUGCCCGCUCACUUGGUAUGGCAAUCACAGAGCGCCCUGAUCUCCGCAUGUGCAUCUAUCAGGCCCUGCGCACACUCAUCCGCAAGAGCUGUGAGACAGAGGAAGAGAAGGCAGAAGUGGGCCGCUUCGCUAAGAACUUUUUGCCCAUUCUGUUUAAUGUGCACACACAGCAGCCCGCCCCUGGAGAAAGGGACCCGUCCAGGCCAGCUGUGCUCGCCACCAUCAAAGAUUACCUGACGGUCACGGAUCACAAGAUGGUAGGCUCAUUUCUGCGAAAGGCCUUGGAGAGGCUCAGCAGCCCUGACAGCUCGGAGUUUACACGGCAUACUGUGAUGGAUUUAGUGGUGGCUAUGUCUGCAUUUGUGGACGAGGAGGCUAUGGCACAAACAUAUGCACAAAUCAAACCCCACUUGGAGAGUAAGGAGUCUGGUAUUCAGAAGAAAGCGUACCGGGUGUUGGAGGAGAUGUGUGGAGGAGAGCGAGAGCCGUGUAAGCGUUUCAUCUUUGCCAAUCUGGAACAGCUCAAGGUGGUCCUUCUGGAUAGUCUGAAGAGUACAUCUUCACCUGCCAAAAGACCCAGACUGAAGUGCCUCAGUCACAUUGUGAAGCAGCUGAAUGAAGAACACAAGGACUUCAUCACUGCACUUCUCCCUGAGGUUAUAAUUUGCACAAAGGAAGUGUCUGUUGGAGCACGCAGAAAUGCCUACUCCCUCUUGGUGGAUAUCGGCGAUGCCUUUAUCCGGUUCUGUGGAAACACCAAAGAUGCCUUGAAUGAGUACUUUGGCCAUGUGUACAUUGGGCUCACUGGAUCAGUCACGAUGAUUACCUGCACUGUACUGGCCCUCACCCGACUUGUGUUUCAGUACAAAGACUCCAUAGACGUAUCGUCACUGGAGCAGCUCCUGCACAACAUCUGCUUGCUGCUCACCUGCAGGACACGGGAGAUUGUCAAGGCCUGUAUAGGCUUCAUCAGAGUCAUCGUGGAUGUAAAAGUUCUAGCCAGUCAAGUGUCUUUUAUUUUGGAGGGCAUUGGCGCUAUGAAAGACGAUAUGAGAAGACACUGCAGGACAAACCUGAAAAUCAUUUUAACUAAAUUAGUCCGCAAGUUUGGCUGCGAGCUGGUCAAGAGCAUGCUGCCUGCAGAACUUCACAGACUGCUUGUGAACAUCCGUAAAGUGGAGGCCAGGACGCAGAGACGCAAACUGCUGAAAAAGGCUGAGGAGGAAGGUUCAGACAGCGAGGAAGACACUCCUAAAGCCAAAACUGACAGUAUUGAGGACAUCCUGGCAGAAACUGACUCUGAUGACUCGGAGGAUGAGAAGCCUAAAAAAGGCCAGAAGAAGCAGGUUAAACAAAAGGCGCAGGCCUGGUUGAAAGAAGGGGUGUCUGAUGAACCACUCAACUUCCUUGAUCCUAAAGCAGCACAGAGAGUUCUCUCCACCAACCCUGACUUUAAGAAGACUCGCAAGAUUGAGCAUGACUUCAAGGUGACCUCAGACGGGAGAUUGAUCAUUAAAGAAGAGGAGGAUGAUGAUGACGGAUCUAAAGAUGACAAGGAAGUUGAUGACAUACUGAAAGAGGUUGGCCUGAAGACGAAAAAGAGACAGAAGAGGAAAACUGAAAAUGAUCUGGAUGAUGACAUGGAGAUUGAACCACAAAUGAAAUAUAAAGCUGGUGGCAGUGGGAUUCACAGACCACUGGGAGGAAGACAGGAGUCAGGUGCUGAUUACAAAGCUAAGAAAGGAAAAGGUGACAUUAAGAAGACGGGGAAGCACGACCCAUAUGCCUACAUCCCGCUUAAGAAGGCCCAGCUCAACCGCAGGAAAAAGGCCAAACUGCAGGGCCAGUUUAAGGGCAUGGUCAGAGGAGUGAAGAAGGGAGCGCUGUCUGGAAAGAGAAUGCAGAAAAAUAAAAGGAGAGCCUAAAUGUGGAUGGACUACCUUAAAGAAGUUACAGUGUGAAUUGGAUCGCUUCAUGAUACUGCAUUACUCUUUGUGGCCUAGAAAUGUGAGGAAAUCUACGCAGAUGUUCCACUAGUGCAAAUAAGAAAGUUGUUCCACUACUAAGAUUACAACUAACUGUGUUCCUCUAACUGUGUGUUCUUCUCCAAGUGUUUGUUUUGAAGGUGGAAAUGGGUGGAUUACACAAGAUGGUAUUGUGAGAUAAAUCUGUUUAAAGUAAACAUGGCUAAAACUGAGAAAUAUGACCUAAGGAGUAGCUUUUGUGUCCUUUUAUCAUUGUUCUGGGAGGGAAGGAAAAAAGUACAUGUUUAGUAUAUUCUUGUGUGAGGACAAAGUAAGUAUAUUCUACGUUUUCUACGUUUACAAAGAAAGCCUAACAAAUCUUAGGGAAGAAGUUUUUAAUAUUACAAUGUGGUUAAUAGAAAAAAAGUAAAUAUUUUUCUGUAAUUUUAAUAUUUCUAUUAAACCUAGAUAGUGAGAGAUAUGUUGAUGAACUAUCUCUCUUGUCAUCUUUUAAGAGUUUUACAGAAAAAGGUCUUAAAAUUGUUGCCAUGGUAGUUUAACUAGUGCACUAUUUUAUUUGUCCAGUGGAGGUCAGUGUUUCCUUUAAAGCGUGCUGUAGUUUAAGUGGUCUGCACUUAUAUAGCGCUUUUUUCCAAAGUGCUUUACACUGGUUCUUAUUCACACACACACACACACACACACACACAGUAGCAGAGUCAUGCAAGGCGUUAAUUUUCCAUCGGGAGCAACUUGGGGUUCAGUGUCUUGCCCAAGGACACUUUGGCAUGUGGUCCAGGAAUCGAACCGCCAACCCUACAAUUAGUGUACAACCCGCUCUACCACCGGAGCCGGAGCCACAGCCACCCCCAGAGCUGUUUAAAGAGACCUACAAGAAAACAAGUCAUACCUCUGUCCCAACACCUUAUGCUGCUUACAGAUGGCACAUGCCAAAAAUGUUUUUAAAAUUUCCAUUUUUAGAAUUAUAUGCCACAAGGAUCAUUUUAAAGUAUUUUUUGCAAAUCUGGAGCUUAAAAUUUUAGGUGAAGCUUAACUUGGAGAGACUAAGUUCCACUAAUGUCUAAUCCGAUUGGAAAAAGCUCUUGGGCCCUUCCUCUAUACAGAACCCGUCUUCUUUAUAUUUUUUAACUUGUACACAUUGGCUGCGGUCUUCGGUUCUGACCACAGGUGCAAAUCAGGAGACAGAUGAUUUAGUAAAUUGAUUU